AUGGACCGAAGACGCUCAACCGAGGAGUACUCGCUGCGAGCGGCAACACUCAACCAGCUGGUCAAGCGCAUCACCAGCGAGUCCUCCUACGAUCUGGGCUUUGUGAAGACAUUCAUCACCACGUUCCAAUCAUUCACGACGCCCGAGCAGCUGUGGGAAAAGCUCAUGCAAAGGUACAACGUUCCCUCGUGGACGCGCCAGUCGCGCUCCGAGGCCGAGUGGCAGGCGCAGACCGUGGUGCCCAUUCGGCUCCGUGUGAUCAACUUCAUCAAGAUGUGGCUCGAGAACAGAUGCACAUCUCGGACUUUGGGUACUUCCUGA